AUGAAAAGUUUCAAGUUGGCCGGUAUACUGCUGUGCCUCGCGCUAGUAAGCGAGCAUACCCAAGCAGUAUUAAACAAAAGUACCACCAAAAAUGUGAAUAAUGAAAAUUCUGAGAGCGACAAGAAGAGUGAUAAAACAGCGGAAGAUAGAAUAAGCAACGAAUACGGUGUACCACUGUCGAGUUUUAAUGGACCAGCCCCAGUGUACGGACCGCCUGAAUUAACUGGAAAUCACGCGCCGGUGCAAGUAUUUCCACCACCCCCAGCGGAACUACCACCCCCACCUCAAGUGGCUUACCUCCCAGGACCUCGGCCACUCUCACUGUACGGACUUCCCCGAAAUCCACCACAAUUGCAGUAUCCCCCUAGACCCCUGAACCUAGCCCCCUGGAAAUUGUCCCCCGCAUCUCCUGGUUUUCCUCCAAAACCAUCUGGUCACGGACCUCCAAUUCCAAUAUCAGUGGAAGCUUAUGGGCCACCAGUUAAUGCCGCAACCCCCCCAUUCACCGUUCCUCAGAAUAACUACGCUCCACCCGCUCCCACCANGCCCCCACCAUCCCUCCCCCUCCCCCCGGUUCCCCAGCCGCCACCACCGGGUGUACCAGCUCCUCCAACUCCCCCCGAUAUCAAAUACGACGGUUGGCAACCCAUUGCCGGCCACGUCGAGACGCCAAACGCAAACAUUCACACACCACCCAGUGUCAAUCUUGAUCACCCAGCCAAUGCCAAUUUGCCAAGCAACUCGUACGGUGAACCGAUAAACAAUCCCGAGGCCCACAGCCUCAGACAGUCAAUCGGUCACAGUGAUCACGGCUUGCCACCUCCAUUGUUACCGGAUGCCGAGCCACUUCACAAUAUCCAGGAAGCGGCCCAGAGCCUGCCGGCACACCCAACCCACAUUCCCGAGUCAUCGCCCACAGCCAGUGCCCAAGUAUCGUCCUUCAACGGUCCUUCAUCAUCCGGUUUAGACAGUCACGCAAACAGCAAUCUGAUCCAGGAUCUCCCCCUGAAUUUUCCACCGGCACAAGCCCCUAACUGCUACAAUUCUCCGCCAUCGGGGCCGGGACCAGUCGGCGACUUGUACGGACCGCCACCAUCAGGGCCAGGAUCCGUCAGCGACUCCUUCGGUGCACCUCCACCAGGACCCGGAUCCGUCAGCGACUCCUUCGGUGCACCUCCACCAGGACCCGGCAGCGACUCCUUCGGCGCACCUCCACCAGGACCACUCAGCGACUCCUACGGUGCACCUCCACCAGGACCAAACGACUCCUACGGUGCCCCUCCACCAGGACCAAACGACUCCUACGGCGCCCCUCCACCAGGACCAAUCGGCAACUCCUUCGGUGCACCACCCCCUCCGCGCCGACCACUACCCCUCAGUGGGCCCUACACACUCCACGGUCCGAGCUUCGGUUUCGGCUCCAGCUUCAGUUCCGCCGGCUUCCGCCAGUCUCACCGCCACCACUCCUUCCAAUCCCACCCCCGAAAUCACGGCCCAUCCCGCCCCUACAGUGUCUCCCCCUCCCUCCUCCCUCCAAGAAGCCGUGCCCCCAUCAAAUUCCGGGAAUCCGUCCCCCCCGCAUUAUUCAAUACAAUCAAUCACUACUCAUCCUCAGUUCACUCGACUGGACCCGUGAAGCCCGCAAGUAGUUACGGCCCACCAAGAUCGGGCUUCAACCUUCAGCAGCAGCCGCCGAGCCUGUCCCACCCCGUCUCUUUCCACUCGAGCAAUACAGUCACCGCAGGGCUUGCAACAAGCAUUCCAUCCUCCGGCGGAUCCCCCCUCGCCGCCCCAAACGUCAACUACGGCACACCCCUCUCCUUCACCGCCUUCAACACACCGUCCCCAGUAUUGACUUAUGGCGCACCAAACUUUGGCCCAGCAACCACCUUCAUCUCGGCGUCAAACGUGGGUCGAGGUAAUCUCUACAAUCAACACAGUUUCCUAUCUACAUCGUAUGGCAGUCCCCCAGCGUCUCCGUUAUUCAAUGGCCAGCCCGACGCCAGUGGUUACCAGAAACCAAUAGAGACACCCAUCCAAUUAUCAAGUUUCGCACAGUCUCAAGGAAACUCAGAUUCUUCAUCGAUAUUAGAGUACCCACUUCCCUCGAUCAAUGAAUUGGCGCUGGAUUCGACUCCGAACGUAGAACAGCAUCAGCUUGACAUGAAAGACAGCUACGGCAAUCCUUUGGAAGGUGGUUACGAUCAGAGAUCAUCGCCGACUGUCACUAAUUACAACAGUGAAACUGUUGUCAACGGGGCAUCGGCUGAGGCAUUGACCGCAGCGUUGACGGCCCAAGGCUACAGCCAAGGCUACAAUGACCAGCGAUCCCCGGACUACAACGACCAACAGCUAACGGACGACCACAACCAAGCCUCGAAUAACUUCGUCGCGACGAACACCCUCAACGUCGAUCAGCUGACACAGUUGCAUAACGCUGAUAAUGAACCAGCGCUGGCCCUUGCGCAGACCCUCUCCGCAGAAGGUGCGUCCGAAGGCUUCCAGAUACAGGGAUCGAAGGGGACUUACUCCCUGCAGAUUCAAUCGUCAAACGGUCUGCAACAGAACUCCGACGGCUCGAUAAGGCACGAUCAGCUUCUCUCAGACGGCCUUUUGCAAGAUAUUCUUCAGGCUAUCGAGCAGCCAGGCGAACGCGGCAGAAACCAGUUGGUCGAGAUCCAGGGUUCCCCCCAGGAGCAGCACCUCAUGGAGAUCCAUCAGCAGGAGUACCAGCAGUCUCACGAGCACAAUGACGAUGACUUGGCUCAUGCAGCGGCUUCCUCCAUUGUUACAGCCACAAUGAAAGGCAAGACCGAGGGAGUCAUGAAUCCGGAGGAGGUUGCCCUCUUCUUCAAUAAUAACUACACUGAUGAGUCUACCAAGGAGGUCAGAUCGACAGCCAACAGCGAGGGGAACAGCGAGGACUUGAAGAAAGUGAGUGAGCAGGAGACAACUGAGAAGACAACCGAGAAAUCCUCGUGA